AUGAAUGAAAAUUAGCACAAAUAUAUUUAGAUAUUUAGAACUGAUGAAUCUAAGCAUGAUAAUUCUAUAAAUAAAUAAUUAAGAAAAUCUGUUGUAAAAAAAUAACUUCCUCUUCUCACAGAUGCUCAAAUUACUUAACCCUCUUCAAAUUUUUAAAUAGCUACUUAAAGAAGCGAAAUAUAAAGAGCAGGAAAGAUGUUUGUGCAAAAGAAAAAUAAAUUAGAGAGCAAUCGAAUUCAAAGAGAAAGAGAAUGCUAAAGCAUAUAUCAAACAAUUGUAAACUAGAAGGUUACUUAAAAAUUCACUCUCAUUGAUCUAUUUAAAAAUUUUCUUGAAAAUUUCAACCAAAUAAACAAUAUUAAAAAUGAGAAGUAUGCUCUCAAUAUAAUUUUGAAGUUGAUAUAAAGUAUUCCAAAAAUGUAGGAUGUAUUAGAUAUUCACAAAAGUAAGUUUCAAGGAAUCACUUCUGAAUAAAUGAUAAAACAACUGAUUCAUCAUUGGUUGGAUCAAUCAAUUUUUUAAGAUUAUAGAAAAUUUAAACUGGAUCCAAUUUAUAUAACAUCGAUUGAUGAAAUUAAUAAAAAAUUUGAAGAAACUUUGCUUAAUCUUUAUGAUGAAUAAAUUAAUUCAUUUUCAAAUAGAAUGAUAAAUCAGAUUUUCUCCUUAAAGUAAAAAUAAUUAAAAUAAUUGUAGAGAAAAAUAAUUUUAUAUUGAAGGAUAAGUGAAAUUAUCAAAUAGAGGAAACUAACAAUUAUAUUAAAAAACUUUAUAAUUAAUUGAUCGCAAACCUAAUUACAGAGCUCUAACCUCUGAUGUUAUUGAACGUUUAUAAAUUCAGGAAGAAAAAUUAGGGAAAUUUGAUUUAAUACAAAAUAAAGAAAGAAGAAAAUAAAUGAGUUUAAACUUAUUUGUUUAAAAAAUAAGAGCAAAUUCUAAAUACGUUGAUUAGUGA